UCAAGGGUUAAAAAAAAGGCGAAAUCUCACAUCACAAAAUCACAGCCAUCCAAUCUCUCUCUGUUUCGCUCGCAAAUCUCCAGCUUCGCUUCCCUCCUCAUCUCACCAAUCUUCUUCCCUCUGCAAAAUCUCCGAUCGAAUCUUUUCUCAAUUCGCCAGCAUGAGUGACCAAGGAGAGAAGACUUGCCCACUAUGUGCUGAAGAGAUGGAUCUCACUGAUCAGCAAUUGAAGCCUUGCAAAUGUGGCUAUCAGAUUUGUGUUUGGUGCUGGCAUCACAUAGUAGACAUGGCAGAGAAAGAUCAGAUAGAAGGGCGUUGUCCUGCUUGUCGCACUCCAUAUGACAAAGAAAAGAUUGUAGGGAUGACUGUUGACUGCGACAGUCUGGCCUUUGAAACCAACAUGGAGCGCAAGAAGACUCAAAAGUCAAGAUCAAAACCUUCUGAAGGGAGAAAGCAACUCACUAGUGUGCGCGUCAUCCAAAGGAAUCUUGUUUACAUUGUUGGGUUGCCCCUUAAUCUAGCAGAUGAAGAUCUACUCUAUCAUAAAGAAUAUUUCGGUCAGUAUGGAAAAGUUCUCAAGGUUUCCAUGUCCCGAACAUCAUCUGGUGCCAUCCAAUUAUUCCCAAAUGAUACAUGCAGUGUAUAUAUUACUUAUGCAAAAGAGGAAGAGGCUGUCCGUUGCAUCCAGGCCGUUCAUGGGUUUAUCUUGGAUGGGAAAUCACUGAAGGCGUGUUUUGGGACAACCAAGUAUUGUCAUGCAUGGCUGAGAAAUGCGGCGUGUGUUAAUCCUGAUUGUCUCUAUCUGCACGAGGUCGGUUCACAAGAGGAUAGUUUCACAAAAGAUGAGGCCAUAUAUUCCCAUACAAGGAGUAGAGUUCAGCAAAUCACCGGAGCAACAAACAUUCUGCAUCAACGUUCAGGAAGCAUGCUACCUCCACCACUAGAUGAUUUCUGCAGUGACAGUUCUUCUGCUAAACCAAUUGCAAAAGUCCCUUCAAGUAAUGCAGUAAGUGUUGCCAGGUAUUCUCCACCUAGUGGGAGUGGGAGCUCUAGCAGAUCCACUGCUCUUCCUGCUGCAGCGGCAUGGGGGACACAUAAUGCAAACCAGCAGUCUUUAGCAACUUCGGUUACCUCAAAUGGAUCUUCUGAUAUACAAAGAACGACCCCAGUAAAUGGAACCUUGGCCUUUUCUGCUGUUGUUGCAAACGCAGCUCAUGGCCCUGUAUCCUCUAGUAACAUUCUUAAGAGACCAUUAGGCAAAGAAGAAAAUCAAAAAGCUGUUGACAAAAGCAAACUUAGGGUUUUGAAGCCUUUGCAGCAUAAUGUUGUGGUUGGUUCUGGGUCCAAGAGAACCACCUCACCUGAUAGAGAUUCUCCUAGCAAUCGGUUAUCCAGUUCAACAGACUCUUCCUACGAUGGCAGAGACAUUGACAAGUCUUCAGCUGUUGUGGGCUCGUCUGACGAUUCAGAGGAUGGUGUAGAAGAUGUUUCACAAAUGGAGAUAACUACCGAUUCCAGAGAUGACCGUCCUGAUAUUGCGAUUCGUAGUGAGUGUGAUCAAGGUUCUAAUAGACAACCUGAUCAUGAAAUAUCAAAGUUGCCACAUCCAGAGCAAUGCAAGAUAGAUAGCUCUAUAAACAUUGAUGAAAAAGCUAUUCCAUCAGAGACUGGGGUUCCCUGCACGAGGCCAGAGUGGGAUUGGAGAUUAGAUUUGCAAUCCCAGAUGCAAGUUAGCUCAAAAUUGGAUGUGGAGGAUAUGUCAUCACUAGAUAGACAAAGGCAUCACCAUGAAGAGGAUGUUACCAACUCACUGUUUUUGUCUAAUUCUUCAAGUUCCAUUUUGGAUUCAAAUCAUCUGGCUUCUCGUUCUUCCCUACCUUGUGAACCGUCAGGUGUAAACGGUUCAGACUUGAGGUUCCCUUCGGAUCGAGGCAGCAGCGAUAUUGGUGAGCAAUCCAUGUUCAGUGUGGAGCACUCUCUGUUUGCUAAUGAAGGCAGGAACAAAGUUCAUAGUACAGAGGACGAAAUAAUCUCAAACAUUUUGUCACUCGACUUUGAUCCAUGGGAUGAAUCCUUAACUUCACCCCACAAUUUGGCUGAGUUACUAGACAAAGUUGAUCAGCGAGCCAGUCCUCUAAAACCUUCAAACCUCCUGAAGCAACAUAACAGCCAGUCCAGAUUUUCUUUUGCACAAGAAUCUACUAAUCAAGCAUUUGACAGGGAGAAUCAUAGCGUUUAUGGGCAGUUUUCAAGAGAUAGGCCUAUUCCAGAGUCUGUAGUGAGUCGAGAUAUUUAUCGGGAUAAUCUCGGGAAUCUAAAUGGAUUUGCUUCAAACUAUUCCGGUGGAUUAGAUAAUGUUUCUGCUAGUCCUUUAUUUUCAUCGUACAAGACUCCUGCAGUUUCACGACCUCAAGUUUCUGCUCCUCCAGGAUUUUCUGCGCCGAGCAGGUUACCUCCUCCUGGCUUCUCUUCACAUCAAAGAGUGGGCCUAUCUUCAGAUACGGCACCAGGAACUCGUUUUCUUGACUCUGCUGCCAUGUUGAGGAAUACAUAUCAAAUACAGCCUCCAGUUGGGAAUCCGAGUAGUGCGAGUGAUAUAGAGUUCGCGGAUCCUGCUAUUCUAGCGGUUGGGAGAGGGAUGGUAAAUGCAGACUUGGAUAUGAGAUCAAGUUUCUCAUCACAAAUGAAUUCUUAUGGGAACGAGACAGGACACCAAAUGUUGAGACAGCAGUCUCUGUCUGCUGCACAACAACAAGUCAAUGGGUUUCAUCAUGAUCUCAGAAACUUAUCUCCUUCACUUGCAGAAACUUACGGAUUUAGCUCAAGGCUAAUGGACCAUCAGGCACAUGGAAGUAAUUUAUCUCUUUUCUCACAGCACCCAAGACAACAACCAUCUGCAAAUCCAGUCUUGUCUAAUGGUCACUGGGAUAAGUGGAAUGAAGGCCAAAGUGUGAACUCUCUAGCCAUGGCCGAGCUUCUUAGGAAUGAACGGCUGGGAUUCACCGGGAGCCUAUACAGCAAUGGAUAUGAAGAACCAAAAUUCCGGACUCCAAGUCCGGGAGAUGUGUAUAAUAGAACAUAUGGGAUGUAAUUCUGGCAUGAAGAGAGGUUUUCUGCUUUGUUGGUUGGUCCCAAGUUGCUGGAAGAAUCAUCAAAAACUGCUUCCAAUGCUAUUGAGUGAAGAUGCAUGGCCCCAACAUAAUUUCACCAAGAGCAUUUUUGAACUCUAAAGGAGCUGAAGAUGUUGAUGUUUGGUUGCCUUGUUGAUGCAUGAAAGUGUCCAAGUCCACUGGUAAAA